GGUAUGACUACCCUAAACCACACUGGUGUUAGCCACACAGUCUUCCACUUGCUGGGCAUUCCUGGCCUGGAGAACCAGCACGUGUGGAUUUCCAUCCCCUUCUACAUUUCCUAUGUCAUUGCCCUGCUUGGGAACAGCCUGCUCAUCAUAAUUAUCAUCACAAAGAGCAGCCUCCCUGAACCCAUGUAUCUCUUCCUCUGUAUGCUGGCCGGAGCAGACAUUGUCCUCUCCACAUGCAUAGUACCUCAGGCCUUGGCCAUCUUCUGGUUUCGUGCUGGGGAGAUCUCCCUGAAUCGCUGCAUUACUCAGGUCUUUGUUAUCCACAGCACUUUCAUCUCUGAGUCCGGGAUCUUGCUGGCGAUGGCAUUUGACCGCUACAUUGCCAUAUGCUACCCACUGAGAUACACCACUAUUGUUAGAGAUGCGUUGAUUGGGAAAAUUGGUGUGACUGUCAUUCUGAGAAGUUUUGGUUUAAUAGUCCCCAUAAUAUUUCUCUUGAAAAGACUGACUUUCUGCAAAAGUAACAUUCUUCCACACACUUCUUGUAAUCACAUUGUCUUGGCCCAUGCUUCCUGUGAUGACAUACGAGUAAACAUCUGGUAUGGGUUUUUUAUCCUAAUGUCGACAGUGGUCUUAGAUAUUGUGCUAAUUUCUUUCUCAUGUAUGUUGAUUCUCUAUGCUGUCUUCCACAUCCCAUCCCAAGAUGCUCGCCAAAAAGCUCUCAACACAUGUGGCUCCCAUGUCUGUGUCAUCAUCCUCUUUUAUGGGCCUGGGAUCUUUACAACCCUUGUUCAUAGGUUUGGACGCCACAUCUCACCCCAUAUCCACAUCCUGCUGGUCAAUGUCUGCAUUCUGGUUCCUCCUAUGCUGAAUCCCAUCAUUUAUGGGAUCAAGACCAAACAGAUCCGGGACCAGGUAUUUCAUGUAUUGCUCACAAAGCAGAAAUAA